CAAAUCAAAGCUACUACCCGCCUCCGUAAUGGAGGCCUCAUCAUUGAACUAACAUCAACUGAAGCAGCGAAAUGGGUGCAUAUACCAGAGAACAGAAUAAAGAUCACGGAAGCCCUAGGAAUCCCAGCCACCAUCAAGGAACAUCGCUUUUCAGUGAUUGUCCCAUUCCUCCCUGUCAGCUCGAACAUUGAAGAAACUAACUGGCUACGCACGGUGGAGGAGGAGAACGACAUGCCGUUAGGAGCUAUAGAAUCUGCAAACUGGAUCAAACCCAGGCAACGGAGAGUGCCAGAUCAACGAGUGGCUCAUGCAAUCAUCCACUUCGCUAACCCAUCAGCAGCUAACCUCUCACUU